GGCCUUGUUAUCCUUCCCAUCCUGCUCACCAUAAACUUUGACAAAACGAAGUCUUGCAGCCAUGGAUUGGCUGCCCUCGAAGGCUCCAGCCACUGUCAGUGUCGGAAUCGCUUCCACUUCUGCACCCCUUCCUUUCUCUUUCUCACACCUUCCUCGCCUGAAACUGCCGCACAUUCUUCUCAACGGCAACUCUCCGACGGUCAAGGAAGAGGUAAAAGCCUCCAUAAGAAUCAGCAGGAGGAGCUUCGCGUUCUUGUUGCUCUUUCCUGCAUCCAUCGCUUUCUCACCAUCUUUGUCUGCCGUUCCGCUUCUUACUUUAGAGCGCUACACCGACGAGGUCGAGGGAUUCACUCUCCUCAAGCCUUCCACAUGGGCAAAGAUGGAGAAGGCGGGUGCGAAGGCACUGUUCGAGGAGGGGAAGGGGGCUAACAACAUUGGUGUGGUGGUUAACCCUGUUCGGCUGUCUUCUCUCAAGGAAUUUGGGACGCCGGAAUUUGUUGCUGAGAAGCUUAUCCAAGCUGAAAGGCGUAAGGAAAGCACCAAGUACGCUGAGUUGAUAACUGUUGCUGAAAGGUUAGAUCAUGGUGGACGACCUCUUUAUGAGUUUGAAUACACAGUUGAUAGCACCAGAGGAGGGAUGAAAAGGAUCUUUUCAGCUGCUUUGGUAGCCUCAAAUAAACUUUAUCUCCUCAACAUUGCCUACACUGAUCGGCCAGAGAGCCCCUUGGAUAGUGAUACUCGAACGGUUUUGGAACAAAUUCUUCAUUCUUUUGACUCUACUGUGUAGUUAGUACCCUGAGAAGUGUUUGAUUUAUUGGUUAAACUAAUUUUGAUUCAGAAAUUUUUAUUUUUAUUUUUCACACUUUCAAUCUUGCUUCCAAUCUUCGAAAUGCUCCUAAACCCUGUUGUUCAAACUUAAUGCACUUUUAACUUCAAUUUUUUUUCUCA